AUGUUGAGAAAAGAGAGCAAGAGCGAAAGAGAGAGAGCAUUUAUAGAGAAUGGAAGCAGAGUACUUGAGAAGCUGGUUUCCAUUUGUAAUGGCAAGCCUAUUCCCAUACGUAACUUCUCCUUUGCAGAGUUGAGCAAAGCCACAAAUAACUUCGAUCCCCAACUUUUUAUAUGUCAAGUGCGGCCUUAUCAAUGGUACAAAGGUUAUCUUGAAGGCCGAACUAUUUCCAUUAAGAGAGGGAAAAGUGACCGUGCAAAGGAGGAGGUGUUCACUGACUUAGCAUUUUCUGCGAAGGUGAGUGCUCACAAGAAUGUUCUAAAGCUCGUUGGUUGUUGCCUUGAGACUCCAAUUGUCAUUUUAGUGUACGAAUUUGUUGGGAAGGGAACCCUGUGGAAUCGAUUAGUAGUCUCUGGUGAACAAAUGACGAGGCAGAGUAGGCUAAAGAUGGCAAGGGAGAUUGCUAAUGCAAUUUCAUAUCUCCACACAGCAUUCUCUAGACCCAUCAUCCAUAACAAUAUUGAACCACAGAAUAUCUUCAUAGACUGCCAUGGGGUUCCAAAACUAACUGGUUUUUCAAAUUCUUUAAUUAUCCCCGAGGGUGAAACUCAUGUGAAGGAUGAUUCUUUUGAUUCUUAUGAUCCGAAAUUUUGGUGGACUAUGAGAUCAGCAUGCCCCCACUAUAGGAAGACGGGGUGCAUAACAGAGAAAACUGACGUCUUUUCCUUCGGUAAUACUCUCUUGCAAAUUCUUACUAAAAAUACAAUGGUGGAUCCUGUAAUCCUGGCAGGGGAAUUAAGAGGAGCUGGAGUCGAACAACAAAUCCAAGCUGUGCGGGACCUUGCUUUCAGGUGCAUGAAGGAGGAGCCUAUGGAAAGACCAACCAUGGUUGAUGUUACCAAAGAACUCAGACGAAUCGAAAAGUCUAUCCCUUAA